AUGAAAAGCGAAAUAGAAAAACAAGUGAUUGAAGAGGAAUACAAAAUAUGGAGGAAGAAUGUUCCAUAUUUAUAUGAUCUUGUCUACACAAGCACACUAAAAUAUUCAUCGCCGUUCAUUCAAUGGUUUCCUGACGUGCAAAGAGUGGACAAUAUAAAAUCUGUUCAAAGGUUGUUGAUGACGACAUUUUCAAAUGGUGAGGAUAAGGAAAACCUCCUUUUUAGCCAAAUAACAUUUCCAGACAUGGUUGAUGAAGACAGCUUAAACAAUGCAGACAUAGAGUUCAAAAUCACUCAGUCCAUUCCAUUGCCUGUUGAUGCAAAUAAAUGUAGAUAUUGUCCAUUAGCUUCUAAUAUCAUUGCAUGUAGAACAGAGGCAGAAAGUAUAUUGAUCUACGAUUAUACAAAACACUGUUCAUUUAAUUCUAAUAAAGGUCCUGACCUGGAAUUAAAAGGACACCUGGAUGGCGGAUUUGCCAUUGACUGGAAUUACUUGAAAUUUGGACAGCUAGCUUCAGGUGGGAGAGAUUUUCUGGUGAAUGUAUUUGAUAUUAAUGGCGGUCUGAUUUCAUCUAAAAAGAUUCACGAAGGAAUAGUCAAUGAUAUUUCAUUUUCAAGAUUUGAGCCCCACACCUUUUGUUCAGUUUCGGACGAUUUAAGGGUUGCAAUUAACGAUACUCGAAAUAUUGAAAGUGCAGUUGUCUUGGAAAAAGCACACUUAAAAUCUAUUGAGUGUUGUGCAUUUUCACCUUUUAAGAGUGAGUUGCUUGUAACUGGAUCAUCAGAUUCCAUUUUGAAGGUCUGGGAUGUUAGGUCUUUGCAGACACCCCUGUUCGUACUAAGAGGCCAUAAUGAUUCGUUAAUAAACUGCAAGUGGUCACCACAUUAUGAAAGCUUGCUCGCUUCAUGUUCAAAAGACCGCCGAGUAAUUAUAUGGGAUUUGAAUAAGACUGAUGUGAUUGAGGGUGAGACUAGUCCAGAGAUGUUAUUUGUGCAUGGUGGGCACACUGAUCUUGUUGAUGAUUUGGAUUGGAAUCCAGCAGAGCCUAUGGAAAUUGCAAGUGUGUCGUGUGACGGCCUCUUCGAGGUCUGGAAGGUGCCACUUGAGGAGUUUAUUUAA